AUGGCGGAGCUUCUCGACACCGCAAACACUAAGGAGCCCAGCGAGGCAGAGGGACAAAUUGACCCCUGCCGGUGCGCGAUGUUAUCCGCAUUCACGGCCAGACCCCUGGUCGAGCUGAAACCUCGCGACAAAUCCCGAAUCGACUCCAUCCUAGCCUACGGCGACCGACUUCUCGCCGGCCUAAACAAUGGCACACUCCGCAUCUACCGCGUAACCGACGACGGGAAGACCGAGUUACUCCGAGAGUUGGAGAAGUUCGCCCGGUACAAGAUCGAGCAGCUGGCUCUGGUUAAGGAGGCGCAUAUCAUUGUUUCGCUUUCAGGUGGUUAUGUCUUUCUACAUGACUCUCAGACCUACGACCUCCAGGAACAGCUUUCACAGACGAAAGGCGCUUCGGCGUUUGCCAUUACCUCGAAUGUCAUUAAUGACCCCGAUACCCAUGUCCCAGCUAUCGUUUCCAGAUUGGCCGUUGCGGUCAAAAGGAAGAUCCUGAUGUGGGUGUGGCGGGAUAUGGAGCUGGAGCCGAAUACCACGGAAGUAAGCUUAGUGAGCGGGAUUAAGACUCUCACUUGGGUAUCUGCCACACGAUUGGUUGUGGGGCUGGGAUCGAGUUUCGUGAUGGUGGAUAUCGAAAAUGGCCAAGUGACUGAACUGCCGAGUCCCGGGAGUGUUGAGGAGCCCGGUCGGUUUACAGGAGUUGGCGCAGCGAGCAUGAGUUAUAUUGGAAUGGGAGGAAUGGUACCGAAGCCAUUAGCUACAAGACUACUCGAGGGACAGAUAUUAUUGGCCAAGGAUGUGAAUACCAAUUUCAUUGAUGUGGAGGGCCAGUCACUUGGACGACGACAGAUUCCCUGGAGUCAUGCUCCUGUGGAAAUUGGCUACUCGUAUCCGUUUCUUUUGGCUUUGCAUGAUACUGCUAAAGGUGUACUGGAGGUUCGCAAUCCAGAGACAUUGUCACUUUUGCAAUCGAUUCCUCUUCCUGCUGCAAAUAUCCUGCACAUUCCCCAGCCGAAUAUCAGUCUUGCACAUGCUGGCAAAGGGUUCUUGGUUGGCAGCGAUCGCACGAUCUGGCGGAUGGAGGCUUUAAGCUACGACACACAGAUUGAUACUUUGGUUGAAAAGGGCUACUUGGAUGAGGCUAUCAGUCUCCUGGGGAUGUUGGAGGAUGCGCUCCUGCGAGACAAGCCAGGUCGACUUCGCGCCGCGCAGCUUGAAAAAGCGCAAAGCUUGUUUGCGUUGCGCAAAUAUCGAGACUCUUUGGAUUUAUUCACAGAAGUUGCAGCGGCCCCUGAGACAGUCAUUCGUCUUUAUCCUAAGUCUAUUGCUGGUGAUCUUUCAGCCGUCCCAGAGCAGAAUAGUCAGAAUGGAUCAGACCCCAGGUCCUCCGAUCCAAAGCUCAAUGGAGCUCAGGCUGAUGGUUGCUCUGAUGUUCAAACCACCAACGGGGCUAAUGGAGCUAAUGGAGCCAAUGGAGCCAAUGGAGCGAAUGGUGGGCCGACAUCAUCGCUUUAUGCCCACUCAGUCCAGUCCUUCCUGCGCAGGACUGAUGAAAGUAGCGAUACAGUCAGUGUUCGAGAAGUCCGAGAUACUCGAGACGAAGAAAAAGAUCUUAAGAAUGCUGUUCGCGAACUUCAGGGAUACUUGGCAGAUGUUCGUCGGCGCUUCCAAAGAUUCCUGGGCCAAGAUGGCUCUCUUAAAGCGCCUGCGCCAACGGACGCAAAGGAUGAAGCUAGUGACUCUGUUUUGAAGCUCCUCGACUUUCCAUCUGCCGAAGAGUUUCUGGAUGCGAUUCGUGACAAGGCGCGCCUAGUCGAUACAACAUUGUUCCGUGCACACAUGUAUGCUACGCCUUCCCUUGCGGGGUCUCUAUUCCGCAUUGCCAACUUCUGCGACCCGGAAGUGGUUAUGGAACGACUGGAAGAGACCGGUCGAUAUAACGAUCUGAUCGACUUCCUAUAUGGCAAAAGACUGCAUCGCCAAGCUUUGGAAUUGCUCCAACGCUUUGGGCAAGGAGAAGCUGGACCACUCACCGGUCCAACACGUACCGUUGCCUAUCUGCAGAAUCUUCCGCCAGACCAAAUCGAUUUGAUUAUUGAAUUUGGAGAAUGGCCUCUACUAACAGACGAAGAACUUGGUAUGGAGAUCUUCUUGACCGAUACUGAGAACGCCGAAACCUUACCUCGUCCACGAGUCUUGACAUUUUUGCAAAGCGUUGACUCUAAACUUGCUGUUAGAUACCUCGAGCAUGUCAUCCACGAGUGGAAUGAUAUGACCCCAGAUUUGCACCAGCGGCUUUUGGUUUUAUACCUUGACCAGCUUAGAGCAGACAAAUCGGACAUCGAGGUUAAAAAUAAAUUCCUGGACAUGCUCAAGGACAGCGAGCAGUAUUCGCCAGCUAAGAUUCUGGACCAGCUAGAUCGUGACGACCCCGAAUGCUACGAGGCACGAGCCAUUGUGUUUAGCAAGAUGGGCCAACACCGCCAAGUGCUAGAGAUCUACGUAUUCAAGCUUGAAAAUCACGGAAAAGCGGAAGAGUACUGCAACCAAGUGCAUCUGGCUGAAGCCACAGAGAAAGAGCCAGAGCAGUCCAUCUAUCUCACACUGCUCUCAAUGUACCUCGCACCACCACACGGAUACCCAGCUCAGAAUGGCCCCGCACUUGCUGUGCUCGCCAAGCAUGGAUCCCGGUUACCAGCAGAUGCAGCCCUGGGUUUAAUCCCUGCGACACUAUCCGUUCAGGAACUGGAAUUCUAUUUCAAGGGACGCAUGCGGGCCGCAAACUCGGUCUUCAACGAGGCCCGUAUUGUGGCGAGCCUGCGUAAGGCACGCGAUAUGCAGACCGAGGCCCAACUAACACUCGGUGAGAAUGUUCGAGGAGGUGGAACCCGAGCCCGACACGUUACGAUCACCGAAGAACGAAUUUGUGGUGUGUGUCACAAGCGGUUAGGAGGUAGUGUGAUCAAUGUGUUCCCGGACAACACUGUUGUUCAUUUGGGCUGUGCGAACCGAGUAGCAGGCACUACUACCUCGAGGUAG